UUGACUUAUAGCUUCUAUUAAGCAUAAACAAUUCUAAUUUGACAUAAUUUAAUUUCACUGGAAAUAACUUGAAUUACUCAGACUUGCUGGAUUAAUAAAUUUCCCAUUAACGAGGGUGUGACAUGGUACUGUUUAUCAACAAAAUGAAACGAUAACCGGUCAAAAAGUGCUUCGAAAUUCAAUUAGUUUGAAUCUGUCCUAACGAAAUUUUCAGAUAUCCUAUCAAGAAUAACAUUUAGUAAUAAUAUUAAAAAUGGUUGUAUUAACUUCUUGUUGGUCUCCAUGUAUAUGGAUUGAUGCUUUGAAAACAGGAUGCAAAGCUGUUGCAUUUUAUACUGGGGCCAUGUCCGUGGUUUUGAUGACUUUUAUUAGUUUUAAUAUGGCCGGUGGAGAUUCUACCCAGCUCUAUAAUCCUUUAUUUGAAACUGAUGUUAGAGGCUCUAUGCGUUACAUUGGUGGAUUAAUGCUGACUUACUUGUUGGCACUGAUAUUGUCUGCAGCCAUUCUUGUUGCAGGUUUAAGAAGAAUGACUAGGGGGUUGCUAUUACCUUGGUUGAUUUUGUUUGGAAUUGCUAUUUUAUUUCAAUUAUUAUUUGGAAUUUGGCUUAUAUACGGUUAUUAUAUUUAUCUAGAAGCAACACUUUAUGCCUUUAUGGAUUGGAUUUGGAUGGCUUACAAUAUUUACUGUUGGCUCGUGGUUUAUUCGCAAUAUCAAAUAUUUGAAGAAAUGCAGUCACCAAAUAUUGAACUGUUGUGGCCUUAAUGAUGAUAGCUAUAUGCUAUAAAUCGUUGAAUCUAGUUUUAUACAAAUAUGUUUAAGCUAGUUCAUAGUGACAUUCUUCGACUAAUCCUGAAUUACUGUUGUACCUCUGGGAUCUGAUAUUGUAAAUAUUUUGUAGUUAUUUUUCUGAGGAGAAUGACCAUUAAUAAAUGACAAAGUAUGCAAAUUGACUGCAAAGAGGUGUGAACAGAUCUGAAUAGUCAAGAAAGACACUGAUUACGAAGCUAAUGUUUAAUUUUUUAUAAACUUUUAUAUCGAUUUUUAUAAAAUGGUAUCUUAUUGUAUCAUAUUCAAUUAUCCGUCCAUAAUAUUGUUCUAAUUAUAUAGUAUAUGUCAGUAUUUUCAAAUAAAUAAUAUAUACCAGA